GCCUUGCUCAGGAGUAAGCCCGGUAUGCUCAGGAGUAAGCCUGGUAUGCUACGUUGCCGAGUUUGAGACUGAGAAUCUAUCUGGAACGUGUACUAUUAACCGUUUUGCGAAGAAGCGUACCCUCUAUAAAAUAGGCCAACCCUUUUUAAGCACACGAUAUUCUUACCUACUGUUACGUUUGCUUUACUGUAUCUGUGGCAGCAAUGCGCGCUUCCUUCUUUCUUGUGGCCAUUGCCGUCGUGACUUCCGUCGCGGCGACAACGACGCCCCCUUCUUCUCCACCUGCCACACCCAAUGCUGGUGGACCCACCCCUGUCAAUAUCACGGAUGCAACGGUCCAAGCGGUAGCUAAAUUCGUUGUGGCAUCUGCCAAUACUAACCAGUGCGGGGGCAAGUGCUCGGGCAUCCUGAAGGGCGGCAACGUGACGCUGGUCAAGAUCAAUUCGGCGACACAGACUCUAGCUGCUGGGAAAAUGUACAAGCUCUGUAUGCAGAUGGUCAACACUCAAGCAAAAAAGGUCAGCGUGAAGGCCACCGUCCUUUACCGGCCCUGGUUGGUGGCUAACGGAACUAUGGAUGCGGCCAUGAAGUUCGUGAAGGUGUCGUUCACAUUCCCGAAGGCCCGUUAGGCCACAUGCCGAUAAGAGCCCAUAUCGGCAGCUGGGGCAUGUUGCAACCGGCUUCAGACUGCGGUAGUUCGUAUCUUGGACUUUGCAUUGAGUUUGUCUUCAUGGAGUUUGCCUGCAUGUAUCUGUACUGGCGGAUAGGUUCAGCCAGUGAUAUUAGUAAGGCACAAAUGAUGCAACGAUGGGCGCAUUCUUGUGAUCUUAAAGCACGUAUUAGGUGCGUGUAUGCCAUGCGCGCGCUCGACACAGGUAGUUUGGAGAAAUGCGCAUGAACUUUUUUAAUUGGCUGGUGGUUGCUACCCUCUGACACUACCGGUAGGCUCACAGGCCGGCUAUGCUGCGGUUAGCCAUAGGGCACGCAAUCCUUAAUAAACAGGCUAUCCAGCAUAUCUGCAUUCCCUUUCGUAUUGUUGAGUAAGUUGAUAUGAUGAAGGAGGCACGGAGAUUCCCGUACGCGUGCUAUCGUUCAAUACCUUCGGUGUGGUAUUCCAGGCUUAAUAAGGCCCUUUACACUUUUUGCGGAGUGUGUGAAGGAUGAUUGGGGGUUGACGUGUUUCUGGUUGACACGGUACACACGAGCUAGUUGUCCCAGGCUUUGGAGCUUUCUAUAUUAUACCAAGCGGCCCCGGGCUUCCUGCUUUGGCAGGCCUUAUCGUACUAGCCAGCAUAUACUGGGCCAACUUUUGCGGUCGCGACGGGAAGGCGAGCCAUUCGUUACAAAAUGGUGGUGAGGUUGGUGCUGGCCAGAACAAUGCACAGCCCUUCCUGGGGUUGGGGGACCUGCACACAGGUCCGUGGGGGGCGCUAUUCGAUGUUAGUACCUUCCUUCAUAGGCUUUGUGAUUAAAAUACUUUGUGUCACUGUUAUUGUACUAAGCUAUGCCGUUCUGGGGUUGCGAGUGCAGCCCGGUCGACAAGGCGGGCUACCGCAGGGUAUGUGUAAGAUUUGUAGGCGGUUUGAGCUACAUUGGUGGUCAAGACUGUCGUAGGGUAUCGAUCGUUUUGCAAGAUUUCCCUCCUGUGCUACCUGUCGUACUUCCCAUGACUGUAUGGGGAAUGUAACCGUCCCUAGUAAUUACACUCGGUGUAGCCAUGGGGAGUCCCUCUGUGAUUUGUG